CCCCUAAUUCCCCUCCCAUCUAAAAUGGCGGCUCCGGUUCGGGUCCGGGUUCCUCCCGGGGCUCCCCCGGAGCCGCUCCCGGUCCAGCUCCUGCCCUGCCGGGUCCAGCACGACGGGCCCGCCCCUGUGGCCGCGUUCCUGAGGGCGCGGCCCGGCCCGGGCGGCGAUCUCUGGGCCUCGUUCCGGGGGCGCCGUUUGGGGGGUCGGGAGCUGCCGCUGCCCCCCGGCUACACGGGGGUGGUGCUGAGGGGGGGGGAGCCCGGAGAGCCCCCCCUGGGCGACCCCCAGGCCGGGUCGGUGACAGUGACGGGGACGUUCGGGGCCAUCACGGACUGGGGGGGUGACACCUCCCCCCCCCCCGGGCGGGGCCUGGCCCGGGCCCUGCAGUGGGGACCCCUGGCCCAGGCCCUCCACGCCCCUGUGACCGAGGACAGCGAGGAGGAGGCGGAACCAUGACAGGUCACGCCCAGAGGGGGGUGGAGCUUAUGCAAACCACACCUUUCCAUUACAUCAAUGGAUCAACUGCAGCCACGCCCACCUAAUUAACAUAGCUGGUCACACUCAGAGUGCCUGGAGCCCCUCCUAGUGUGGGUGGAGCCUGUGGAAGCUCCACCUACUUUAUUUAAAAGACCAAAUAUAUUCAUAGGAGGCUCCACCCACAAAUUAUGCCUCUCCCACUGUGGGUGGAGCCUCCCAAAGCCACACCCACACCCGAUGCCAUGCCCACAGUGGGAGGAGCAGUCAAAAGCCACUCCCACAGUGGGCGUAGCCUGAUCAAACCCCACCCCUUUAUGGUCAAUAAAGGAUUUGCAGCGCCAGGCA